AUGAUCUACUCCACAACCGUCGCCUACCUCCUCGCCGAUGGGAACCCUGAUGCUGGUGGUGGUGCAGAAGAGCAGCGAGAUGUCGACUUGCCCAACAACCAGCCUGAGAGGGCGGCAGAACACGAGCAUUUUGUCAAGCACACGUAUGGACAAAAGGCAGGCACGUCCGCGGAAGCAGGUCAGUGGAGUGAAAACUGUCGUCAUUACUUUUUCAGCAUUUUUCAGACUCCGAUUUUGAUUGGGUAG